GAAAGGAACAACAAAUUGAUCAACGAAAUAAUAUCCCUAGCCCUCCCAUGAUUACAGCAUCGUGCAUGACUCGGGAGCUUCAAACGCCAUUGCUAGGGUUCCAAGAUCCGGGCACUCGUACGCUAACGGAUCAGAGCGGUCCUUCUGCGGCCAAUGAAUUAGUAGUUUAGUACCCAAUUCCUCUUUGGUGACUCCCCGCAGCUGCUUGAGAAGAGAAAAGAGAAGGAUAUUCCCACACCUGUGUCACCCCGCCCUUGUUGAUGUCCCAAGUCAGUUAUUGCUGCCUACCGAGUUAAGAAAAUUUUGUAGGAACAAAAUGUCUGCACCUGAGAGAGGAACCGAAGACCCAGAAGCUGAAACGAAAUCCCUCGACAGUGAAUACCUGAAAACAGUUACAAUCCAUAACCGGGUAUUUCAGCAACACUCAAUCGAGAACGGCAUCUAUUUGGCACCAGUCGAUGAGGAUGAGGUUGAAAGACUUAAUCUCCAACAUAAUGUGUUGAAUUCCACAUUUGACGGGCGAUUAAUCUUCCCACCUGUUCAGAAGCCGAGGAGAAUCCUAGACUGUGGAUAUGGCUCAGGGUCCUGGGCCUCCGAAGUCGCAGAGCAACACCCAGACUGUGAGGUAACAGGAAUCGAUAUAUCUCCUCAGAUGAGGCCAGAUGACACUCCGGAAAAUCUGUGGCUUCAGCUUGACGACCUAAACCAGCCCUUCACUUUCCGAACCAACACUUUCGAUUUGAUACAUUCGCGGCUUGUUGCCAACGGUAUAUAUAAGAACCGCUGGCCCACGUAUUUGCGUGAUAUUGUGAGAGCGCUCAAGCCCGGUGGAUGGUUGCAGAUGGUAGAAAUUUAUUAUCAAUGCCAGUCAGACAACGGCUCCCUCACCGAGCACCAUGCCCUCCGCCAAUGGAGCACAAAAUAUCUAGCUGCCCAUGAGACCACGAAAGACCUUCGGGUGCCGCUGCGACUAAAUGCAUUGAUGCAUCAUGCUGGACUGGUGGAAGUUGAAAGCAGAAUGAUUCCUUGGCCGCUUUGUGGAUGGUCAAAAGAUCCUCGAGAGCGAACAAUUGGCGAGAUGAAUCGCGAAAACAUUGAUGGCAUGCUCAGCUCAAUUGCACUAUUUUCUUUCACAUCCAAACUGCGCAUGUCUGAGGCGGAGGCAUCCACAUUGAUCGAACGUGCUCGAAAGGAGGCCAAGGAUCCAUCCCUAAAGGCGUAUUUUCCUUUGUACGUCUGCAUUGGAAGAAAGCCAAACAGUUGAGAAUACUACAAAAUCUAAGCUUGGAAAAAUCGAGAGACCUUUGAGUGUAUUUUGGAUCUCUGGAUGUAAUGCGUCGUGAGUAGCUGGCCAUUUGUGCUCGCCGUUCGGGACGCAAGGGAGUUCGCCCAACCAGUAUAUGCACGUCGAAAUUAUAGCAGUGGAGAUUGAGCUGGCUAAUGGGGGAUUGGUUUCGAUCAAAAGUCCCAGGAAACUGCUCAUGAUUAGCAAAGAGCUCCAGUUUCAGUACAAAAUUUCAGACCUAAUAGAACGCAUCAAUAUUCGAUAGAAAUUCUAAUACAGUUCGGUUGC